AUGGUACGUUGGGAUAGUGGUUUGGUGUUUGGAAUAGGUUCUAUUCCACCCAACCAGGUUAUUGUGAGUGCAUUGUUAAAAGCGUUCUAUGGUGGAUACAAAGGCGUUGGUCAAGACUCGAGAAGCUGUGCCCGACGCAGUGGUCUGUCUGAUGCUAAGCUCGACGAAUUACACGGUUUGGGAAAUGAGGAUGAAGGAUCAGCUGAAGACAACAAGAAUGAUAUCGCUACAGGUCUUUUGUUUCAAUCAAUUCCCGAGAAUUUAAUAUUGCAAGUUGGUGAAGUAUGUUAUCCCAAAGAGAUUUGGGGAGCUAUAAAAUCCAGAAAUCGUGGCGCAGAUAGUGUAAGAGAAGCUCGGCUGCAGACCUUGAUAAACGAAUUCGAAUGUCUAAGGAUGAAUGACUCGGAUUCUAUAGAUAUCUUCUCAGGAAAUCUAUCUGAACUUGCAUCUAAAGCAGCCUCGUUGGGACAGAGUUUUGAAGAACUUAAGAUCGUAAAGAAGUUUUUAAAUGGUCGUCCCCAGAACAAGUAUAUUCAGAUCAUAGCCUCUCUUGAACAAGUGCUAGAUUUGAAUACUGCUAGGUUUGAGGAUAUUGUUGGGAGACUAAAAGCCUACGAAGAACGUAUUCAAGAUGAUGGAUCGUAUGAGCAGCAAGGUAAUCUUCUAUUCUCAAACUCUGAGAGCUCGUAUGAUCAAAGUGGGUCAAACAAUUCGAGAGGAAGAGGGAAAGGAUGGAAUCGUAGACGUGGUCGAGGUCACUUUGCUUCUGUUUGUCCCGAUAAGAAAGACGAUCAAGAACUCAACAAAGCUGAAACAGAGGAUGCUGAUGUUUCUCUCUAUAUGCUUGAAGUGUUAUUUCUUAACGAAGGGAAAGUCUUACUGAAAUCACUUGAGUCGAGUAAGAAAGAAGAUGGAAUGUGGUACUUGGACAACUACACAAGUAAUCACAUGACCGAUGAGAAGUCUUACUUCUCAGAGCUCAAUGAUAACGUUAAAGGGAAAGUAAAAUUCGGAGAUGGUUCAUGCGUGGAUAUAAAUGGCAAACACUCAAUACUUUUCGAAGGAAGAACAUGA